GGGGGCGGAGGUUCCCAUCAGAUAUCUCUUGUUUUCAUCGACACCUCUUUACUCACUGCCUUCUCCUCUUUCCCUCAAAAUCUCAAAUCUCAAAUCUCCCCAUUCUUCGCUUCCCUUUAUAUUCUCCUCUCAUUUUACUCGCUUUCCCUCUCAUUCUCAUCCAUGGACGCCGCAAUGCCUCUCUGCAAGUCCGCUCGUGCUCCCUUUCUCACGGGUUCAUUUGCCGGGACUACCAAUGGAUUGAGGAGCUCGCACUGUUCCUUCAUGGGUGCGAAGAAAGUCAGCUUUCCUAGACAGGGAGCUAAUGGUGUGCAAUAUAGUCGUAAAUCGUGGAAGAAUAAGGGAAGCCUUCAAGUUAUGUGCCGUGCUGAUAAAAUUCUGGUGGCUAAUAGAGGAGAAAUUGCUGUUCGUAUUAUUAGAACUGCUCAUGAAUUGGGAAUACCUUGUGUGGCUGUGUACUCAACCAUUGACAAGGACGCACUCCAUGUAAAAUUGGCUGAUGAAUCCGUCUGCAUUGGUGAAGCACCAAGCAGCCAAUCGUACUUGGUUAUCCCAAAUGUCCUCUCUGCCGCCAUCAGUCGGGGAUGUACAAUGCUGCAUCCUGGUUAUGGCUUCCUUGCUGAGAAUGCAGUAUUUGUUGAAAUGUGCAGAGAACAUAGAAUCAAUUUUAUUGGACCUAAUCCUGACAGCAUUCGAGUUAUGGGUGACAAAGCAACUGCCCGAGAGACAAUGAAAAAAGCAGGUGUACCAACUGUUCCAGGAAGUGACGGUCUUUUAAAGAGCACUGAAGAAGCGAUCAAACUCGCACAGGAAAUUGGCUAUCCCGUAAUGAUCAAGGCAACGGCAGGUGGUGGAGGACGUGGUAUGAGACUUGCUAAAGAACCUGAUGAAUUUGUGAAGUUGUUGCAGCAAGCCAAAAGUGAGGCUGCAGCUGCUUUUGGGAACGAUGGCGUUUAUCUUGAAAAGUAUGUCCAAAAUCCAAGGCAUAUUGAGUUUCAGGUUCUUGCAGAUAAGUAUGGCAAUGUUGUUCAUUUUGGAGAGCGUGAUUGCAGCAUUCAGAGACGGAACCAGAAGCUUCUAGAGGAGGCACCAUCUCCUGCCUUGACCCCGGAGUUGAGGAAAGCUAUGGGUGAUGCAGCAGUUGCAGCUGCUGCCUCUAUAGGUUACAUUGGGGUUGGGACGAUCGAGUUCCUGUUGGAUGAAAGAGGCUCCUUCUACUUCAUGGAAAUGAACACUCGAAUCCAGGUGGAGCAUCCUGUGACAGAAAUGAUAUCCUCAGUUGACUUGAUUGAGGAACAAAUUCGCGUAGCUAUGGGAGAAAAACUUAGAUACAAACAGGAAGAUAUUGUGCUUCGCGGACACUCAAUUGAAUGCCGCAUCAAUGCAGAAGAUGCCUUUAAAGGGUUUCGACCUGGACCAGGGAGAAUUACAGCAUACUUGCCGUCAGGAGGUCCAUUUGUUAGGAUGGAUAGCCAUGUUUAUACUGAUUAUGUAGUGCCUCCAAGCUAUGAUUCUCUUCUCGGAAAGCUUAUUGUUUGGGCUCCAACAAGAGAGAAGGCAAUUGAGCGCAUGAAAAGGGCUCUUGAUGAUACUAUUAUUACCGGUGUUCCUACAACCAUUGACUACCACAAGCUGAUUCUUGAUGUAGAGGAUUUCAAAAAUGGGAAGGUGGAUACUGCGUUUAUUCCUAAACACGAGCAGGAAUUAGCUGCGCCUCAUAAAAUGGUGGUAGCCAACGUAGUUGCUUGAAAAAAAUGAUUCUUCUCAGCUCAGUUCAAGUUUAUUUAUGGUUAGAAGCUUUAUUGGUCAGAUUUUGGUAUUAGUAGAAGGAGUUGCUCCAGUUUUUGUUAUUAUUAUAUAAAAAAACCAACCCUUCCUCGUGGGUGCUGUAUGUGGGAUUUUUGUUUGUGUAUUAUUCUUCUUUAGCUUGGUACUAGAAAAGAGGUACUUGGUUCUAAAAUAGUAUUUAUAAGAUACACCCAUUCAGUGCCCUGUUUAAACACAAAUUAAUGAACUUUUAAUUGGAAUAA